GGGCGUGUGCUGUCGCUCUAAGCGCCCUCUUCUUCUUCUUCUUCAGCCUACACACACACACACACACACACACACACACACAGACACACAACACUGCUCCAUAUCAGACGACGCACUUGCCAUACACCGGCAGCCCGUUGUUCAAUGUUUGUGUUGACCGCAUCUGCUUCAGUGAAUCUGUACCGCGGGAGAAGAAGAAGAAGACACCCUGUCUAAUGACGAAAAUAGUGAAGGGCAGCAGAGCUUUGAGGGGAGCAGCGGGAAGGAUGUCGACAUAUUAUUGACUUGUGUUGAGUGUCGUCGAGACGAGCGAACCGCGCCGUGUGUUUUCUACUGACACAGCAGCAGUGAGAAUGACGGAGUAUAAGUUAGUGGUGGUUGGUGCAGGUGGCGUGGGCAAGAGUGCUCUGACCAUCCAGCUCAUUCAGAACCACUUUGUUGAUGAAUACGACCCAACCAUUGAGGACUCAUAUAGAAAACAGGUGGUGAUUGAUGGAGAGACGUGUCUGUUGGAUAUCCUGGAUACUGCAGGUCAGGAAGAGUACAGUGCAAUGAGAGACCAAUACAUGAGGACUGGAGAGGGCUUUCUCUGUGUCUUUGCCAUCAACAAUACCAAGUCUUUUGAGGACAUUCAUCAGUACAGGGAACAGAUUAAGAGGGUUAAAGACUCAGAUGAUGUGCCCAUGGUGCUUGUGGGUAAUAAAUGUGACUUACCAGCACGCACUGUGGACACAAGACAAGCCCAGGAACUCGCCCGCAGCUACGGUAUUCCCUACAUUGAAACCUCAGCCAAGACAAGACAGGGAGUGGAAGAUGCCUUUUACACUCUUGUCCGUGAAAUCAGGCAGCAUAAACUGAGGAAACUGAACCCGCCAGAUGACAAUGGCCAAGGCUGUAUGAACUGCCGCUGUGUGGUGUCAUGAUCCUGUGAAUGUGCAUGACCUGGAUUUUAGAGCGGUGCAGCCUUCCAGACCACAAACACUGCAACACCUACACAGAUGCUGGACAUUUAGAGCAGACUGUGUAAAAGGGAACUCUUUAAUCUGGCAGCCCUGCAGUCUUCUUAGGGAUGUUCCCGUCUCGCUCCUUCACUGGAGAUGAAAUAAGUUGUACCUCAUUUCAACGGUCUCAACACUGGAGUUGCUACGACUGGAUGAAGCUGUCACACUUAAAUAUAUUUACAUUAAACAAACUAUCUACUCUUAACUGGAAGUAAUAGCUCAGAAAAUAACCUCUCAUAUUGCUUUGUCAGAUGUGGAUGUUAGAAAAACACUUUACGAGAUGGAGAGGAGAAAUACUACAUCAGUUAUAUUAGCAUAUGUCUGGAUGUGAGGAAGAUUUGUAUUGUCAUUUGCUUAGAGCAAGUCUAACCUAAUAAAAUGUACAUAAUUCAUGGCGUUCUCUUGCAAAGAGGACUUUUAGUCAUAUGCAGUGUGUUUAUCACAGGUUAUGGUGCAAUAGAUUGUGAUUAGAGGUUACAACUCCGAUAAGUCUUUGAUUUGCACAAGAUUUAGGACAAAAUUUAGAAGUGGAUGACUUUAUUCUUUGUUUGCUUCUGGUUUUGAAUGGCCCUCAGGGUCUAUGUGGCUUGAUAUUCAGAUGUGAUGCUUUUUAUUUACGAGAGACAAACGCAUUGCAGAUAAUUGCAUUGGCUAAAGACGACAGAUUAAUGAACAUCUCUUCAAAUAAUAAUCAUAGUUGUUGAAAAAUGAAUGCAAAGUUACUAUAAACUUAAAAGCUUGGACUGAAAAGCCUUGUUGAUAUCCUUGCCAAGCACUGUGCUGUACCCAUGUUCAGGGCAUAAGCUUGAAACUUUUACAUGUAUAUCAUAUUGUCUAAUCUUCAACUGCAUUUCCCCUUUAUGCCAUUCUGAAGUCAGUUUUCCAUGAUUGUGUCUUUAGAGAGUGAAGACUGAUGUAGGUUUAAAUGUGAAAAAUUCAAAUGAAAAAAACUAAUAGGAUUGUUUGUAUACCCUAACUGUAAAUUAUCAUAGGGAACCUUAAUUUAUGUGCGCUAUAUUUAUUCAAAGGCAACAUACAGUAUAGCCUUGUAGUUGCAGGGAAGACCAACAGUCUGGACUUUCUCUUUCUUGAUUGCUUAAAAGUAGCUCAUGUCUCUGUAGUUCAUUUAUGUGAACCUAAUCAACUCCUAGCAGUGAGUGUCUUCUCUUUCUGGUUGAAAUUUGAUGAUUUUUCUCUAUAAGGAUUGCGGUGUGUUUUAUUCCCUGACAGUCUUGAUUCUUCUCAAGGACAUGCAUGGGCGGAUAUGAUUCUCCCUUUAAAUCACGUCAUUAGCUAUGGAUAUGACCUUCAGUGGUUUCUGACAGAAUGCUGUGGGCAUACACAGAUCUUUUUGAUGAAUUUACAGGCUGUGGUGCCACAGAAUAAUCUGGGUUUAUCAGGUGGCGUGAUUGCUGGCACUUACUGAAUAUUAUUUUACUUUAAUAAUGUUGUCAAUGUCCAUUUUCCGUAACACUCGAAUUAACAUUAUGUAAAAUAUCCCACAAACACGUGACCUAUCCUCUGUAUUCUGUUUUGAACUUGUACGCCAACUGCUGCUAAAUAAUUAUGUUUUCUUUUUUUAUGGGUGACAAAAAGUGGUAUAGCUAACACAGCGAUAUGGUAGCGUUCCCACAAAAACGAAAAUUCCAAAAGGCAGUGUCUGUUCUGCUAUUAAAUAUAUUGGGUUUUGCAGCAAUUAAUAGGCUACUUAAAAAAUAUAUGAGUAUUUUUAAGAACUUAUUUUUAUUUUGUGUCUAUAAUGUGUGAAGACAACAAUGAAUUUCCUUUUAACAAUAUACAUUUGUGCCUACCGUUAUUAUUGUUUUAAGAAAGAAUAUCAAAUAAAGAGGCUUUCCUGA